GCAAGUUUUAUUGAUUUUCUUCCAGCAUCCAGUCUCGCUUUUUGUCAGUGCCAAGGAAAAUUUUAAGAAAACUUGCGAAACUUAAGAAAGUCUUUUGUUUGAAAACUUAAAUUCUGUUAAUCUUCUUUCCAUAAAGUUAAAUUGAUAGCAGCAAAAUUUCCAAGAUGCACUCGUUAUCCAUGGCAAUUAUUGCUUUACUGGCAAUCAGCACACUUCCUAUUUUGUCGUUCGCAAACACCACAGAGGGAACUGAACUAGAAGAACCAAAAACUCUCCCUUUAACCAAUGCUGCGAAAGCUGACGAAGAAAAGCAAAUGAAAAAUGUAAAUGAGAUUUGGCAGGAAGACGUCCAUGAAGUUGUGAUUCGCAAGCAGCGUGGUGCAAAAGACAACGUCUCGGGAACCACAUCGGGUAAGAAAAAGGAGAGAAAAGACAAACACGGUAAUGGCACAACCAAAGUGCCCAAAACAAAUAAAAAUUUAAACACAAAUUUGGAAGCAAAUUCCGACAACACAACACACGAUCCAAUUGGUAAGAAACAUCAUCAUCAAUCAAAACAUGAAAAGACAAACAACAGCAAAAAACAUACAAGCACGAUCAAGCCAAAACCGAAAGAUGAAAAUUCGUGCCGUUACACAAAAGGAGCAUGGAGUGAGUGCGAUUCAAAAUCUAACACCCGGUCAAGAACAUUGACUUUGAAAAAAGGCGAGGGAUCAUGCGUUCAAACACGAACAAUCCAAAAGAAGUGCAAGAAAGGUAAAAGCGAAAAAGCAUGUCGUUAUGACAAAGGAGCAUUUGGUGAAUGUCAGCCAUCAGGUGAAAUGACAAGAAUUGAUAAGCUUAAGACAACUAGCGAUAGUGCAUCAUGUCCAGCCACAAGAACAAUCAAUAAGAAGUGUAAUAAAUCAAAGCAAGAGAAGCAACCGAAAGAUCGUAACUCGAAGGAAAAGAAGCAAAAGGAGCGCAAAAAUCGCCAGUAAAAUGCUUCCACUUGGACGAGAAACAUUAAAUCAUGUUGAAAGUUUAACCAUCGUCAACAGAUAUCUUUCUCCCAUUAUUUAACUUCUUUCUCUCUCUAUUAAGAAUAAAACAAACAUAAAGAUUAGAACAUUUUUCAUAUAAUUAUUUUAAUCUCCCCCUUGCGAUUCGCGACAAGAACAAAAGCAGAUAAUAAUGAAAAGGAAAAGCAAAAAACAAAUAUCUAGUUGUUUAGUCUCAUUUCAAGCACAGAUGCAUAGAAAGAAAGUAAAGUAAAGUAAAGCAUAAGAAACAAUUGCCAAGUCUUGUAAAUUUUAAUUGUUUAACAACAUAAGAAAUCACAGAUUUUAUGGUAACAGAAAAUACUAGAACAAAUUCAAAUGUUUUAAUUUCUUAAUUAACAAAACAAGUAAAGAUUAAAGCAUGUUAGAUAAUUAACAUGAGUCUUAAAUCUUUCAUGAUGCAUUUGACUUGACGUUCUAAAUGAAAUCUGUUUUUAACAUUUUCUUAUUUUACGUCUUUUUUUUAAGUUACUGAUUGAAUGAUGACGAGUUUUAAUAUAAAUACUUCAGAUUACAAGGAUUUUUCAAAAUGAAAGAAAUGAAAAUAUUAUUCAAUACUCAUUAAAGUGGUGAAGAAAAAAAAAUUAGAAUUUAAGAAAAAACUUUUGAAUUUGAUUGACAAAAAAGAAAAAAAAACAAGAUUAAGAAGAAAUGAAGUUAUCAUAUAUCUGAACAAUAGUAUACAUAAAUAUAUGGACAUUCUUCGAGACAUUCGUGUUUCUCUGGUGAAACAUUGAAGUUUUCUUCACAAACUAAAGAAAGUUUUUAAUUUGUUUCAAAGUGAAUUUAUAUCGUUUUUGCGACGUUUACAUUUAUAAUAUUUGUGCCAAUUUUAACUGAAAUAAGAGAAAGGAAGAAGAGAAGAAGAAAUGGUGUCAAAUUUUAUUCUAAUUAUCUACAAAUUUUUUUAACUUCUUUAUUAUUGUAGAAUUAAAAGAUGGUCUGCCAUGAAGUAUUUUUAAAAGAUUUCAUACAUUAAUAACUAUGUUUUAUGUUUUUGUUUAAGUAUAUUCUCUCUUUGUCAACCACUUUCGCAAAAACUUGUGUCACAAGACUUAUAAUGAAAAUUAUACAUUAAAUGUCUGAAAAUAUAGUAAAAUAUCCAGAACGAUAAAAAGAGAUUUUUUUUUGUUGAAUGAACUAAUAAGAAAACACUUUUUGUUCGUUUCGAAAAAUUUGUGAAAGGAUAAAUUCAUUCAAUCACACACAUACAUAAGAUCAGAGAACAACACUUUGGCUUGCAAAACGAGAUCAUUUCUGAUUUCUUUAGAAUGCUGAAACGCAAGAACAAAAAGGAAAGAAAAAAUAAAAUUUUAAGAGAAACGAACGAAAAUCAAAUUUUUCUAUGACGGUAUAUGAUAUUUGUAAAUUCAGACAUAUUUUUUUGUGAUAUGUGAAUGAAUAUGUUUCAAUGUUUCAAAAUUAAUUUAUGUUUAAAUAUCUAGUAAAUAAAAAUGACGAAAAAGUUAA